CCCAGGUGGCUCGCUUUCGGGACAGAGCCGGCAAGUGCCGCGCUGGGGCCGCCGGAGCCGAGCCGGGAACGGCGUUUGCCCGGGCCGCGGCGGAAGCCGGAGCAUUUGGGGGACGGGACCGCGGGAACCCGGAAACGCCUGGGCCGCACCAGCUGGCGGCGGCGAAGGCGGCCGGACCCGGCAGCUCUGCGCGUCAGGGGUCGCGGGGACCCGGCGGGGCGCCGGGCGGGGCCGAGCCGCCGUCCGGGGUGAGCGCAGCCGGCGGAGCUGCGCGGGAGGCAAAUGAAGAGAAAACAAUGUCCUCCAACCUAAAAUACCUUUCCUUGGGAAUUUUGGUCUUUCAGACUACUAGUUUGGUUCUAACGAUGCGUUAUUCUAGGACUUUAAAAGAAGAGGGACCUCGUUAUCUGUCUUCUACAGCAGUGGUUGUUGCUGAACUUUUGAAAAUAAUGGCCUGCAUUUUAUUAGUCUACAAAGAUAGCAAAUGUAGUCUAAGAGCACUGAAUCGAAUACUACAUGAUGAAAUACUUAAUAAACCUAUGGAAACGCUGAAACUUGCUAUUCCAUCAGGGAUAUAUACUCUUCAGAAUAAUUUACUCUAUGUGGCACUGUCAAAUCUGGAUGCAGCUACUUAUCAGGUCACAUAUCAGUUGAAAAUUCUUACGACAGCAUUAUUUUCUGUGUCUAUGCUUAGUAAAAAAUUAGGUGUGUACCAGUGGCUCUCCCUCGUCAUUCUGAUGACAGGAGUUGCUUUUGUACAGUGGCCCUCAGAUUCGCAGGAACCAGAUUCUAAGGAACUUUCAGCUGGCUCUCAAUUUGUAGGCCUCAUGGCAGUUCUCACAGCAUGUUUUUCAAGUGGCUUCGCUGGGGUUUACUUUGAGAAAAUCUUAAAAGAAACCAAACAAUCAGUUUGGAUAAGAAACAUUCAACUUGGUUUCUUUGGGAGUAUAUUUGGAUUAAUGGGUGUGUACAUUUAUGAUGGAGAAUUGGUGUCAAAGAAUGGAUUUUUUCAGGGAUAUAACCAACUGACUUGGAUAGUUGUUAUUCUUCAGGCACUUGGAGGCCUUGUAAUAGCUGCUGUUAUUAAAUAUGCAGAUAAUAUUUUAAAAGGAUUUGCAACGUCUUUAUCCAUAAUACUAUCAACAUUGAUAUCCUAUUUUUGGCUACAAGAUUUUGUGCCAACCAGUGUCUUUUUCCUUGGAGCCAUCCUUGUAAUAACAGCUACUUUCCUAUAUGGUUAUGAUCCCAAACCUACAGGCAAUCCUACUAAAGCAUAGUCAUAUACUGUCUUUAACUGGUUUCUCACAAUGGUGCACUAGGAGUCUCAACAUUAAUCUUAAAUAGAGGACUUCUACAGAUUCUAAGAAGAUAUCACCAUGCUGAAUCUCAUCAUAUUCAAAUGGUUUGAAAAUAUAAAGGUUUAAGCUAAAAUACAUGUAUAUGUUAACAAAAUACCUAUUACAUCUGGAAAUCAAAGCUUGAAAGUACUUCCAGGGAUUAGAAUAAUUAUUGGAAAAAACUUGAAAUCUGAGUUUAAAAAGAUUUUACCUUUUGAUUGCUGCAGAAAUGUCCUAUGCACUCUUUGCAAGAGCACACAACAAAUGUCCAAUACCAAUUUUUGCAGAUUAGAUCUAUUUAAUCUUAUUAAAUGUUUUUUAUCUUUUUCUGUACAGAAAUAUCAAAUCACAUGGAAUAUUCAAAGUUUGAAAAUUAUAAUUAUAAUUGCCUAUAACGCUGUGAAGAAAUAGAAGUAUGAUUUGAAAAACA